AUGACUUGGACAAAUUAUUCACUGACAGAAAAAAAAAUGAAAGAUCUUUCUGCUAGAAGAAAGAUAAUCAUAAAUCAAAUAGAAAAAAUUACAAAAGAAAAGGAAAAAAAAAUGAGAACCCCGGAAAUAAAUAUUAGUCCUAACAAAAACAAAAUAAGUUAUAAUGCUAAAAAAUUAAAAUCAUCAAAAAAUAUUUCGCAGAUAGUAAAAAGAAGAAAUGUUCGAUUAGCGCGUAAAUUCCAUUUUUUUAUAAAAAUUUUGAUUGAAAAGAUAUACAUAGAUAUCUUUUUAGGUAUCAUUAAUAUUCCAAGGAUCAAUGCACAGCUUUUUCUUAAAUCAACAAAAAAAAUUAUUACUAAAUACAUUUACAAUAAUGAAGAAAAUCAGAAAAAAAUUGAUAAAACAAAUCAAAAUACAAUUCACUUUAUUUCGAUUAUAAAAAAGUCACGUAAUAGUAAUAAUAGUAAUGUUGUUGUUAUUAAUAAAAAUUCAAAGAUUUUUUGUGACAUAUCCUCCUUGUCACAAGCUUAUGUAUUUUACAAAUUAUCACAAAUCAAAAUUAUUAACUUAUAUAAGUUAAAAUCUAUCUUUGAAUAUCAUAGCCUUUUUCUGAAGAAUGAAAUAAAGGAUUUUUUUAUAGCCCAAGGGCUAUUUAAUUCCGAAUUAAAAAAUAAAAAUUUUAGAAAUUCUGUAAUGAAUCAAUGGAAAAAUUGGUUAAGGAGUCAUUAUCAAUAUAAAUACGAUCUAUCUCAGAUUAGAUGGUCUAGAUUAACACCACAAAAAUGGCGAAAUAUAAUCAAUCAACAUCAACACCAUAUGGUUCAAAAUAAAAAAUUAAACAAAUGGAAUUUAUAUGAAAAAGACCGAUUAAUUCAUUACAAAAAAAAAAAUGAUUUUGAGACAGAUUCAUUACCAAAUCAAAAAGAUAAUUUUAAAAAACACUAUAAAUAUAAUCUUUUAUCAUAUAAAUCUAUUAAUUAUGAAAAUAAGAAGGACUCAUAUAUUUAUGGAUCACCAUUACAAGUAAAUAAUAAACAAGAGAUUUCUUAUAAUUCCAAGUCAUAA